AUGGUGGAACGUCUACCAGGAGUAGCUCCUCCAAUCCGGAGGAGCAACCCCGACUCGUACCCAGAUACUCCCUUCGCAGAGGAGAUCGCCUCAGUCGAGAUGCCUCGGAAAUUCUCCUUCCCUAGCAUCAAGAUGUACAAAUAUAAACAGAGGAUGCUAGCGGUUGCGCUCCCCAAGGAGCCCCGUGAAGCUACCAUGUGUAAAGGGUUUGAAUCCACUCUAAUUGGACCCGCCUUGAAAUGGAGCCUGGAGAAGACUUCAGAUGGUCUCUACGAGAUCCUCCAGCAUCGAGUAGAACCCCUGCGGGACUGCAUAGCCUGUUUCAAUCAAGAGAAGGUAGCAGUCCCUGAAUGCAGCAUCCCUACCGCAAUCUCUGCCUUCAAGAGAGGCCUACUUCCAGACGGAGGGCUCUACAAAGAGCUAACCAUGUACCCUUGCAAAACCAUGGAGGAUGUGCUAUCCCGAGCGUGGGCACAGGUGAAGUGGAAGAGGACGUCGCUAGCCGCGCCAAGUCUCAACCCAAACAGGAUCAGAGGUCCACCCGAUCAGACCGGGGAGACCGAGAAGAAAGAUCCUCCCAAAAGGGAUCCAAGGACUCCGGAAGCAGGAACCGGGGCAGUGCUGGUCAACACGCUGAGUCAGAUGGGCCAACAGGUCAAAUGGCCCCCAAAGAUGAAAGCACCUGACUCAUUCCGGAACCCGAGACUCUGGUGCAACUUCCAUCGCGAUCACAGCCACAAAACUGAAGACUGCGUCGCCCUGAAGAUCAAGGUCAACAAAAUGCUCCAAAAGGGACAUCUCCAAGAAUUCCUUUCAGAGAAAGCCAAGGCUCAUCUUAGCAAAGAAGCAUCAGGAAAAUCCAAAGGAGACGCAUCAAGCUCACCACCUCGCCAGGACCGGGUGAUUCAUGUCAUCUCAGGAGGCUCUGAAGUAAGUGGCGUGAGUCAUGCAGCUGCAAAGAAGAGCACCCGUAAUGCUAAACACGGCCUGGAGACUGCUCAACCUAAAACCCUACUUCUAGGUACCGACGAGAUAAGCUUCACAGCCAAGGAGCAAGAGAAGAUAUUAGCUCCCCACCAUGACGCUCUAGUUUUCUCUCUCACCGUAGCGGACUGUUUGGUGAAAAGAAUACUAGUAGACAACAGGUCCUCCAGCAAUAUCAUCUUCCUGACAGCGUACCAAGACCUAGGGUUAGAGGAGAAUACCCUGACGCGCAAAGUAACUCCACUCAUCGGGUUCAGCGGCGAGGUCAAGUGA